AUGGAACCAAGAAUUACGGGAGGUGAAAUAGUAAUUGCAGAAAACUCCAGACUAACAAUAAAAGUUUAUGAAUUAGAACAAAGAAUACGCGCUUUAAAUUUCGAUAAAAAUGAAUUGAUUCAUAGAGUUGAAGAACUUGUGAAUGAAAAGGAUCGACUUGAAACAGAUAAUAAUCAGAUUCGUGCAGCAAAUGAGAAUCUAAUGCAAUUGAAUGAUAUAUUAAAAAUUGUUUUGAGAGAUGCUGAAGACGAAAGAGACCAUUAUAGAGCUGCUAAUAUCAAAGAAUUUGAAGAUUUUAUUUUGAAUUAUAUUUUUGGCUUAUUUAAUAAUAUUGAAAUAUUGUUGUGA